GACGGAUUGUCAAUCCUCAGCCAGUGGCCGCUUGUGUUGCAAAGACCUGGAUGGUGAUACGCAAAGAAGUAAAGACUUAGGUUUUUCCACACGUUCACUCGUUUUGUGAUUAUGUGGAAUCUUUGUGGAAUCGUGGCAAAAUUAGGUGCAUGCUCAUUUCUCAUGGACAAGCUGUUUCUAUCAUUCUCCGCGGAAGAAACUCGCUCUCGGGAUGUGGCCGUAAUAUAACAGUAAGGAACAGCAUCAUCAAUCACAGUGGUCCAACUUCACCGCUGCUGUCCAUUUCCUACUGGUCAGACAUUUGCGAGGAGCAAGCUGCAGGUGGACGCUUCUGAAACGACAGUUCAUGGUUUCUUCAUGUCGAUGGGAUUAAUCUGUGGCAGAUGUUAAAACUGAUGAACAACACGUCAUUGCAUACUGCAAUUAAGAGCCAGUGUGUGAUUUGCCGUGGUGUCUCUAGAGCUGCCACAAAUGUGUCUUGCUCUUAAACAUUAUUGUGUCAGUUACCAGCGUCCUCAUGAACUCAGAAAACUGUCUUUACAGACGUAGUGGGUAGCCGUUAUUUCGCCACUAUAUGGCAAAGCCGUCGUUAAUGUGAGGGCGAUUUAAGACACAUUUGCAACGUCUAGGUGAUUUUUUACUUGAUUUUACACGCAGCGGAAAGACGCUUUAGUAUUUGCGUUCGUUAAAUACGUCUCACUGUAAUCAGUGCAUACAUUAAUCAGCACCGGACCGCCGUUUAAUCUAUGCACGCGUGCUCUGCCUUUCACACCUCUACAAACCUAGGAAGGACUUCUUGCCGCUGAACUCGAUAUGUUGAGAACCACGUAAUGAUGGAUGGAAUUAUCAUUAUUUUUGGGCUCAUCACGCUAAUACUGGACGGCGUAUACAGCCAGGGAGUGUAUGCUCCGCCCACUGUGCGAAUUGUGCACUCUGGACAUGCAUGUAACGUGGAGGAAGAACGCUAUUCGGAGCGGGUGUACACCAUCCGGGAGGGCGAGACUCUGGAGCUUACCUGUCUGGUCACUGGACACCCUCGGCCCCAGAUUCGAUGGACUAAGACAGCAGGCAGUGUGUCAGACCGAUUUCAGGACUCAAGUGUGUUCAACGAGACACUUCACAUCUCCAAGAUCCAGAGGCAUCAAGGUGGACGCUAUUAUUGCAAGGCGGAAAAUGGCUUGGGCUCGCCAGCUAUUAAGUCCAUCAGAGUGGAUGUCUACUACCUGGAUGAGCCAGUUGUGACGGUCCAUCAGAGCAUAGGGGAGGCCAAGGAGCAAUUCUAUUAUGAGAGGACAGUCUUCCUUCGCUGCGUGGCAAACUCCAAUCCCCCAGUGCGCUACAGCUGGCACAGGGGGCGGGACGUGCUGUCUCAGGGUUCAGACAAGGGCGUAGAGAUCUAUGAACCCUUCUUCACACAGCUGCAGGGGGAGACUAAGAUCCUGAAGCUGAAGAACCUGAGGCCGAAGGACUACGCCAACUACAGCUGCAUAGCCUCUGUUCGCAAUGUGUGCGGCAUUCCUGAUCGCAGGGUCAUCUUCAGACUUACCAACAAAACAGCCUCUCCUUCGAUCAAACUGCUGGUGGAGGACCCCAUUGUGGUGAACCCUGGGCAAACAGUAUCUCUGGUGUGCAUUGCCACGGGUGGCGAGCCCCCUCCUACGCUUACCUGGAGCAGCAGCAUAGAGCGGCUUCCUGAGAAGAGCGUGGUGAAAGAUGGAACACUCACACUGCCGGCUGUCUCAUCCGAGGAUGCCGGCGUCUACAGCUGCAUUGCCAGCAACAAUGUGGGCAACCCAGCCAAGAAGUCUACCACUGUCAUUGUACGAGCACUGAAAAAGGGAAGAUUUUGGAUCACACCUGACCCAUAUCACAACGACGACAACAUUCAGAUCGGCCGCGAGGUGAAGAUCUCGUGCCAGGUUGAGGCCACGCCCCCCGAGGAGCUGCAGUUCAGCUGGCUAAAGAACGGCCGUGCCCUGCGCAGCUCAGAGCGCAUGGUCAUCACCCAGACUGACCCCGACAUCUCCCCAGGCACCACCAACCUGGACAUCAUCGAUCUGAAGUUCACUGAUUUUGGCACCUACACUUGUGUGGCAUCACUCCGAGGCGGGGGCAUCCCGGAGAUUAGUAUCGAUGUCAACAUCUCCUCCACCACUGUCCCUCCUCUGUUUUUCUCUUUCUUAGUUCCCCCCAAUUUGACCGUGCCACGGGGCAAGUCCCCACUGGUUGUGCGGGAGGGCGAGACGGUGGAGCUGGAGUGCCUUGUUUCAGGGAAACCCAAGCCCAUCAUCCUGUGGUCACGGGCUGAUAAGGAGGUGCCCAUGCCGGACGGGAACAUGCAGAUGGAGAGCUAUGAUGGGGUGCUGCGCAUCAUCAAUGUGUCCCGUGAGAUGACCGGCUCCUACCGCUGCCAGACCAGCCAGUACAACGGCUUCAAUGUCAAGCCUCGGGAAGCUGUGGUCGAGCUCAUAGUGCAGUAUGCACCGGCAGUGGAGCUCGUCUGGUCGGAGGUGCGGCAGGGUCUGAACCGGCCUGUGACCAUGAGGUGCCGUGUGAUCCGCGCCCACCCCUCUCGGGUGCUGCGUUACGAGUGGCGCCUGGGCUCUCGCCUCCUGCACGCUGGCCACUUUGACACCCGCGACGAGACUGAGUAUGUGGUGCGCAGCCUCAACCGUGACGGCUAUGGGGAGUACACCUGUGAGAUCAUCAAUGAGGCCGGCGCUGGCCGGUGCACCUUCCUGGUAACUGGGAAAGCUUAUGCACCAGAGUUUUACUAUGACACCUACAGUCCACUAUGGCAGAAUCGCCCGCGGGUUUAUGGCUACAAGCUGCAGUGGACUCAGAUGAACCCAGAUGCAGUAGACCGCAUCAUGGCUUACCGCCUCGGCAUCCGGCAGACUGGGCAACAGAGGUGGUGGGAGCAGGAAAUCCCUGUGGAAGGUCCGAUCCAAAAGGGAGAGUUGAUUACCUAUAACCUGACAGAGCUCAUCAGGCCUGAGGCCUAUGAGGUGCGUCUCACCCCAAUCACACGCCUGGGCGAGGGCGACUCCACCAUCAGGAUGGUCACCUACAGCGCUCCCAUUAACCCACAUCUGAGGGAAUUCCAUUGCAGUUUUGAGGAAGAGCCAAUUUGCAUGUUCACUCAAGACAAGAACGAUAACUUUGAUUGGACAAGACACAGUGCUGCCACGCGUGACACUAAAUAUACUCCUAACACAGGGCCUAGUGGGGAUCGAACUAACUCAAAGCAGGGUUUCUACAUGUACAUUGAGACCUCCAGACCUCGUAAAGAGGGUGACAAGGCUCGUUUGUUCAGUCCCACAUUCAACGUGACCCCUAAAAAUCCUUAUGGCAUCACCAAUCCUCCAGCAUACUGCUUUGGCUUUUAUUACCACAUGUACGGAAAACACAUCGGCACACUGAAUGCAUUUUUGAAGCAGAAGGGCCAGGCUACUUCAGACACUGCUCCAGUCUGGUCACUCAGUGGGAACCAGGGUGAUCGAUGGAGGGAAGCCAAAGUCAGCAUUCACCCCACUUCCUCAUUCCAGGUGAUCUUUGAAGGUGUCCGAGGUCCAGGGAUUGAGGGUGACAUCGCAAUUGAUGAUGUUACUCUGGAGGAAGGGGAGUGUCCUGACCCUCCAUCCAAUCAUAUUAUAUCAAAGGCUCCACACAGAGUGACACAUAUAUGGCUGUUAUGCACCACCCUGGCUUUCACACUGUUCCGGGGUCAAAGGUGACCACCUUGUUGGGUGAAGACUAGCGAUGGUGUCUAGGUUGGUGUCCCUGUACCCUCAAUAUAUAAUCACCAAAGAUUAACACUUUCUGAUUGCUGAGAGGGACACUGCACUGGCUUAACUUGGAUCAUGAAAAAUAAAAUGAAGAAAAAAACAACAAAAAAGUAAUAAAGAUUUUUAAAUGUAUCCAUCAAAAACAAUCUGCAAACUCUGUUUCAGUAAGAUUUUCACAGGGACUUGGAUGAUAACACUUCCAUGUAAUGGAGUAGCUGAUGCAGGAGGCAGGGCUCAGGAGGCGGGGCCCACACUGAUCUGAGGACAGUUUGUAAAGCACAAGGACAACUUUGCCAGCUGGCAGUGAAAAUCUCAUUUGUAAAAAGUGAGGAGAUGAAGGUGAUGGCAGUUUUCCUCUAAGUUCUACACUAUGAACAGUGUCUCAUCCCUUGUGUCUUUCCCCAUAUACUCAGAUCUCAUCAGCUUUCUCCACCUCCAACCAUGACAUGUUAAGUUAACCACAGGAUUUGACUUUCUUUGGCUUGGUGCUUUUUAAACACAGAGGAAAACUGUGGCAAAAAAAACUUUGACUAUAUGCUUUAUAUCCCUCCCUGAGUAGCUGCCUAUUUUGAUUUUACAACACUGUGCUCACGUCCCCUAGUGGCAGGCCAAGGGUAGGACACCAGGCCAGAGAUGAGUGCGAGCAGGUGGUGGAGGUGGAGAGAGAGGAGAAAAGGUAAAGACUGAAGUGCAGAGGCUUGAGGCAGGAGGUGGUGGAGGUGGUGGAGGCUCAAAAGGCAGAAAAGGUCAAGAUGGUGUUGAGAACAAGCAAUUUCCUCUCCUCCUCUUUCCUUCACUUUCAGGAAAGUGACAUAAUUGGAGCCACUUUCUGCCAUGAAAUACAAAGUGCCUUCAGAUUAUUAACAGAAUUGUGAGCCUGGCCAUUAAACACCAAACACGUAGUGUCUAUGUUUCUGAUGUCACCGAGGGGCUAUUUUAUAUGCGAUUAUUUUGCUCCAUCAAGUGCUGAUUCGAAUGGCACAACCACAGCAGUGGAGAUCAAAGUUGGCCCCAGGAGUCAGCACAACAACCUACCUGGAGUAACCCAGCUGUGUCUAGGGAAGGUUCCUUCCUCACAUACGUAGCCUUGGUGUCUGCCAGAAGGCACCUGUUUUCCAUGGCCACUGCCUGAAUGUCAUGCAGUCAGUGUGCCGUACUGGGAACAGGAAGUUCAAGUUCAAGUUCAAGUUUGGUUUGGAAGGUCACUGGGAGUUGCUGGGAACGGCGCACACAGACAGAGUGGCUUGCCUCAUCAUUGUUUCAGAGACCCCUCAAGUGGGCCUUGGGACAGGAACAGAUAACCACAGUACCCAGUACAAUACCAUGGAGAUGAUGGCAGGUUACACACCCUGCAUCAGAUAAGGCCUGCUGCCCCUACCCAUGCCUCUGCCAUUUAUAUAUUGAACAAUGUGCAUUCUGACAAAAAAAAAAAGAUAUUAAUAAUUAUACUAUUUUAUUACUCUAGUGAGAAUGUUUCUCUGAUUUUACACAAACUGUGAAAAUAAACUGUGGAAGAAUCUACCUGAGAGCAUCUAUAACCAGCUGGUUUUUAAAAAUAUAUUGUAAAAAAAAUAAUGAAAGAAAAGGAAAAGAACAUUUACGUAAUAUUGUUGGUUAUGAAAAAAUGUUUUGAGGAACUGUGUCUUGUUUCUUAAUUUUAUGUUAAAACUGUUAUGACUUUUAACUUUCUUUAAUUCUUGUUGUCUCCCUUGCAUUGCUGAAAUAUCAAAAUGGGCGGAAACAUAUUGAAUAAGUUGGUUUGGUAAAUGUAUAACUUGUAUAUGUAAAGAAGCUCUGUUAUUCAAGGUUUAUAUGAAAUGUUUAUGUCUGAAUACAGGAAGCACAACACUUAGGAUUCAACAUUUAAAAUGCAGUAUAAAUUCAUAUAUGUGACUUUCCUCUUACAAAGCCAAGUACAUGAACGCUAGAGAUUAAAUUCAUAAGCUUCUGUAACAUACCCAUACAAGAGAACAAACUUAGCAUGAAAAUGGUGCCUCUGUUCAAAAGGCCUCUUCUGUUACCCAAAUAAUUUUUGUCUGCUUUCGUUGACACAAUGGCAAAAUGCAUUUGAAUGCCUUCAAUGACAUUACUAUAACAGUAUCUUCACACUUACUGUUCCCAUGACUUUGCUGCUGUAUGUAAAACCUCCACUGGUCCUAUAAAUGUCUGUUCCAUGUACAGAGACACACACACACACACACACAU